AUGAAGUUUGCUAAAGAUUUGAUGGACCUUCUCUUGAAAGGUGGAUUCCGUCUAACAAAAUGGUGUAGCUCGAAUAAGAAAGUUCGUGCAUCAAUUCCGGAGGCAGAGAGAGCUGGCCCUUCAUUGAAUCUUGAUCUAGACCAGCUGCCAGUGAAAAGAGCAUUGGGACUUCAUUGGACGGUGGAAGACGAUACAUUCAAAUUUAGCAUUGUUAAGCUAGAUAAUCCUGAAACAAAGCGAGGAGUAUUGGCCACCAUUGCUAGCCUUUAUGCUACACCGAUAACGUUGGUAGUUAAAGCCCUAUUGCAAGCGAAAUUGGAUUGGGACGAACAACUUCCGCCCAAUGAGUUACGGAAGUGGAAAGAAGGCUUACCUGCGCUUGCACAAGUCACAAUACCUCGUUGUUAUACAGGCCACAUUCAGUCUGUUAUGUUGCCUGCAGAUUGAAGAUGGUCGACUGAAGCUUGCACUUAAUAGUUCAUUAGCAAAGCAAAGGCUCGAUUCUACAGAACGAAAGUUACUCAUGGAUCCAGAAUUGGCAGCGGCUUAUCAGGGAGUCAUUAUUAAUAACGAAUAUUUAGAGAAAGGAUAUAUCAGACAAGUACCCUUGGAUGAACCGAAGCCAGAAUGUGAGUGGUUGUUGCCUCAUUUUCCUGUUGUGCGACCGGAAAGAGCACAACAAAAGUUCGAAUUGUUUUCGACGCAUCGUUAA